CUAUCAAACUUGAAGACCUGAUCACCGGGAGGAAAUAUUGAAGAGCCACACGUCGGAACGGAUGGAAGUUCAUGACAGUAACCCGUACCCUAACAGUUUCCCGCUAUCGGUGCUUCAUCCCCCACUGAUCAGACCCCACUAGCAGCUUCAGUUGCCCCGGUUUCACGGUUUUAGCAAGGCGCAAGACCCCCUGUCUUAUAUGACUCUUGCGCAGCCCCCAGCGGCCGAUCAUCGCUUCCUUCCAGGUUUCUUCAGCUUGUUAACUUGCGGCUCAUUCUUCAGCUUUUUCCUUAGGUUGAGCAAGAGUCAUCUGCUCACGCCAAAUUCAUUCCGAUGAGCCUCAGACAAAAAUCCGACAAGAUGGGAAGCAGCAACCCGGUCAUUGGCCUUCUCGGUGGCGGCCAAUUGGGUCGUAUGCUCUGUGAGGCCGCAAACCCCCUCGGCAUCGACAUCGCCAUUCUCGACGAGAAGAACUCCCCUGCUAAGCAGGCCCAUAACACCAACCGCCAUGUCACUGGUUCUUUCAAGGACCCGGUCAAGAUUCGUGAGCUCGCUGCUCGUUCCGACUAUCUUUCUGUUGAAAUCGAGCAUGUCGAAACCGAGGUUCUCGAGGAUAUCGAAAAGAAUGGCGUCGAGAUCAAGCUCGCCGAUGGCUCCGUUGCUAUUCACAAGCCGCCUAUCCAUCCUUCCUGGAGAACUAUCCGUCUCAUUCAGGACAAGUAUCUUCAGAAGGAACACUUCCGGACCAGCAAGACCAAAAUUCCUAUUGCUGAUCAGAUGGCUAUCGAGUCGGGCGAGUCGGCUCUCAAGUCCCUCCAGGAAGCUGCUGACAAGUUUGGCUUUCCCUUCAUGCUCAAGGCCAGGAAGGGAAGCUAUGAUGGAAGAGGAAACUUCAAGGUCAACAGUGCAGAGGACUUUGCCCCUGCUAUCGAGGCGUUGGGCAAGCUUCCUCUCUACGCGGAAAAGUGGGCUCCUUUCGUGAAGGAGCUUGCAGUCAUGGUCAUUCGUACUGAGGAUGAUGAAGGCAAUCUGAGAAAAUGCGUCGCCUACCCCGCCGUUGAGACCAUCCAUGAAGACAGCAUCUGCACGAAAGUCUUCAUGCCGCCCAGGGGAGUGGACGACAAUGUCUGUGAGCAGGCUAGGAAGCUGGCCUGUGAUGUGAUUAGUACCUUGUGGGGAAGGGGCGUCUUUGCCGUUGAGAUGUUCCUCCUCGAGGACGGAUCGUUGAUGAUCAACGAGGUCGCGCCUCGCCCCCACAACUCAGGCCACUACACCAUUGAGGCCGUUCCUUACAUGUCCCAAUACAAGGCGCAGCUCUAUUCCGUCCUUGAUUUGCCUGUCCCUGACGAGCUCACCCCCAGAGUCUCAUCUUCUAUCAUGCUUAACAUCUUGGGUGGCGCCGCCCCCAACUCCCAUCACAAGCUCGCUCGUCUUGCCAGGACGACGUACGGAGAUGAUUUUGAUGUCUACCUCCAUCUGUACAACAAGGAGUCCAAGCCUACUCGCAAGAUCGGCCAUAUCACUCUGACAGGAUUCUCCUCAAUUGAGGAUCUUGAGAAGGCUGCUGAGCCUUUCAUCAGCAUGGUCGAUCAAAUCAGAGAGGAGCGUCUUGCUGCUUCUGCUGAGCAACUUCGUCCCCAGGAGGAGGCCAAGGCUAGUAACAAAACGAACCCCGGAGGAGCUAACCCUGUGGAGGGAAAUAACUCGGAUCAGCCCUUGGUACUGGUCACGAUGGGCUCUGACUCCGACUUGCCCGUCCUCAAGGCCGGUCUUGAUAUCCUGAAGGAAUUCAAGGUCCCGUAUGCGCUCGACAUCACCUCUGCCCAUCGUACUCCCAAGUACAUGAUGAAGGUUGCCGGCGAGGCAGCGAAGAAGGGCAUCAAGGUCAUUAUUGCUGCUGCUGGUGGAGCCGCUCAUCUUCCUGGCAUGAUCUCCUCGGAGACUCCGCUCCCUGUCAUUGGUGUCCCUGUCAAGGCAACACACCUCGACGGACUUGACAGUCUUUUGAGCAUCGUGCAGAUGCCUAGGGGCGUUCCCACUGCUACUGUCGGCAUCAACAACUCUACCAACGCCGCCCUUCUUGCCAUCAGGAUCUUGGGCUCCUUCAUCCCUCAGUACCAGGAGCAUAUGAGUAGAUAUCAGCUUCAAAUGGAGGAGGCCGUCAUUGAGAAGGGGGGCAAGUUGCGGACCGGAGGCGAUGUUGCGUAUCUUGAGGGCAUGAAGAAAACAAAGUAAAGAACACGGACAGUGGCCCAAGGAGAAAGGGAGUGUGAUGCGCAGUUUUCGAUGUAGCUAUUAUGACGAUUCAACUUGCGCGGGGACACACUUGGUAUGCACGAAUAAAACAAGGACCGGGCUGAGCGAGCUCUAGGGGUUACGGCGUAACACAAGUAAAAGGAAAAAAGGAAUGGUUAUACCCGGAAAGUUGAAGAGAAGAAAAUGUCAAGAGCACGCUACGUUUAUGACUGUUGGAAUCUCACCAUGACAAGUACCUGUGCAACCUUCUCACUCGUUAACCAGUCAGUUACAUACAGUUUGAGGAGUGCUUGGCUCUUGCAAUGUCGCAAAUAAAGAGUUUGAUGUACGGAA